GCAUCGUUCAUAUCGGUUCCUCCUCACUCUGCACGAGGAGCUGACUGGAAGCAACAGCGUCACGCAUAGGAGCGCGCGUGAGGGGAAAUCAGCGCAAAUAUGACCAUUAAAAACGCGCUCCGGGACCAUGGACAGAGGUAUCGGCCACGGAUGGCUUGUCUCAAGAAGGCAGAGAAGGUGCUGCUGGAGAUGCAGGACCCCUGCACAGGAGUGAAGUCGCAGCCUCAGAGACUCGUUAUCACCAUCAUACCCCAUGCUAUCACUGGUGAAGACAUAAUCGCAUGGUUAGCUGACAGAUUUCAAGUAGAGGCUCAAGAGGCCAGAAGUUUAGGCUCCAUGCUGGUGAGCUUGGGAUACAUCUACCCUUUGCAAGACCACAAAAAUUUGGUGAUCAAACCAGACGCCUCCCUGUAUCGCUUCCAGACGCCGUAUUUCUGGCCCACUCAGCAGUGGCCUGUUGAGGAUACAGAUUACGCAAUCUACUUGGCAAAGAGAAACAUCCGUAAGAAAGGGAUGCUGGAGCUGCACGAGCAGGAGCAGUACAACCAUCUUCACAAGUGGAUGAACCACAAGUGGGAUUUCAUAGUAAUGCAAGCUAAGGAACAGUACAGAGCGACCAAAGAGAGGAAGAAGCCGGACCGAGUGGUGUUUGACUGCCAGGAACGAGCCUACUGGGUGGUUCACAGGCCUCCGCCAGGGACGGUGAGUGCCAUGGACUAUGGGCUGGAGCGGAGAACCGAUCCUAAUGCAGACGAGACACAAACACCGGACGACUACGAGAGAAUUAUGAUCUUCACCCAGCAAUCCAUCAUGAGGCCCAGAGUGAAGUCAUCUGUGUCCAUUGGCGCACUGGUGAAGUAUUGCUCCACCUAUAGUGGUCACGACCCAUUCCUCUCCAAGUGUCUUCCCAGCAACCCAUGGCUAACUGACGAUACAACAUUCUGGGCCCUGAACAUGCCUAAUGUGGAAAUACCAACCAAGAUGCGUGUGGAGAGGUGGACGUUCAGCUUUAAGGAGCUGCUCUCAGAUCCUCGAGGGCGAGAUGAUUUCAGACUCUUCCUGAAGAAGGAAUUCAGCGGUGAAAAUUUGGCGUUCUGGGAAGGCUGUGAGGAUCUGAAGUGGGGCACAGCUGUGGCAAUGAAAGAGAAAGCAGAACAUAUUUAUAAGACAUUUUUGGCACGUGGUGCUCCGCGGUGGAUCAACAUCGAUGGAAAAACAAUGGAGAUCACAGUGAAGGGUCUGAAGCACCCACACAGAUACGUACUGGAUGCAGCCCAGACUCACAUCUACAUGCUAAUGAAGAAGGACUCUUAUGGGCGUUACCUAAAAUCUCCAGUGUUUAAGGAAACCUUAAAGAAAGCCAUCUGUCCUGAUGGGCACAGAUUCAAUGAAGUCCAGCUGGAGCAGAACGCCAGGAACAGACGGCCCAGCCUCAGCCCCAUCAUCAUCCGGCAGCAGGAGCAGGAGCAAAGGGCCAAGAUGGCCGCCAGUGCCCCCGUUGAUAUUACACAGCUGUGCCGGUUUACCACUCCUGUCCCCCACCUUGCUGUUUACUCUGGAAUCCCUGACCCACCCUCUGCCACCGCUUCACCCUCCCUUCCUUUCCUCGCCCACACCCCGGUCUGUCCGUCCCCCAUCAGCGUGGCCUUAGACAGCACCUCGGUGUCGGAGCGGCGCCUAGAGGCCAGUGAGGGUGAGGGAAAGACGGAGGCGCAGGCCCCCGAUGGAGGAAGCUUGUCCAAGUCUCGAAUGGCCCUGUCGUUGCGCCGUCUGCUGAAAAGAGGCUGCAGCCCCUCCGCCAUGUUUGCCAGCCUGUCACCUAAAUGCCACACAGCAGCCACGACAAGCAGUCGCAUUCAGCCAAUCACGCCGGAGGAGCCCAGCCACGCUCCCCCCAGGAGAAUCGGCAACUUUUUCCAGAUCAAAGUAGACAUUCCCCCGGAGUGCAGGAUCUACCCCAUUGAGUCUGAGGAUGAGGAGGAGGAGAACAGGCCUGCCUCACGGGACCGAUUAGGAACCGAGGAGAUUAUCUGUCCCUGGGAGAGCCUCACUCGACAGAACGGGACAGGCUAA